CCUCCACAUUGAACUACGAGUCCAGGCUCACAAAUUCCUCAACCGCGACCGAAGCUGCACCUGCUGCGCAACAGAGUCCCAGAAAUCCGCCCUCGCUCGCUCGUCCUCCACCAGCCCUCCACGUACUCGCUCGCCAUCGGGUCAUGGCGUGGGACCCCGCGGGCACCGAGGACCUGGAGGAGAGCAGCAGAAGCCUGCCUAGGCGCAGAUCGAAAAGGCGCCCUUGCCUUGGAUCCUUCGUUGCGCGAGAGCUCGACCGGCGUCCCGACAGCGGACAUGGCCUCGCGCGCAGAUGGAAGGAACAGAAGCAGGGGCCAUGAUGAGCCACCAUGACAGGGAUGGGCAGGGCUGCGAGCUGUCGCGGUCGAAUUCUCGGAGGGAGGAGCGCGCAAUUCAAUUUUCAGGCGGCAAUCGCGCGCGCUUUUCGUGGAAUGGAUCGAGAGUCCAGUGUGGAAUCUAUCUUCGAUCAUUGGGCACGGAUCUUGCUCGAUGUCGAGGUGAUGGCAGAUUGAUUCAGGGCGAGAGAGUCCGCGGCAGCUGCAGCAAGUUGAGGGUGAGGGUGCCUCGCGGCAUUGAGAAAGAGCUGGGGCGGGAAUGUGGCGCGCGGAGGAGGAGAGGGUGCAAGAGCGACGCAGCUCUUGGAUGCAGCGACGAUGGUCCUCGGCGUCAGCAUGGAGCUGCUGAACUGCUGCCACUGGUCGACUGCCCUCCCCGGCCCUUGCCGACCUGAUCUCGACGCUCAUAUCUGGACCGCAUCGUGUCGUCGACUCGGCGUGGCGUCUGUUCUCUACACUUCGAGCUGCAGGAUGGAGGAGACGACGGAACCACCUCUCGGGCUCUCGGCAGAAUCAGAAGCGCCAAUUGAGAAAAGAAUCGGAGAAGAAAGGGAACUCGUCUCCGCGUCCGCUUGAGCAAUUUAUCGAUCGAUCCACAGCGGCCCAGCCUUCGUCCAAUCCGAGCACCCACGAGCACACACUGCCUGCUCCUCGAAGUCGGUCGGCGGCUCCAUCGCCAUCAGAGCAUCUGCAGCUGCUUCAGCUGCAGGAACGAUGGAAUCCGAAGGACCUGCUACAACCGGUCCCGAUGAAAUAACUCGACUUCUCUACAUGUAAUGACCGACCAAAUCCGGUGAAACUACUCCCACUCGUACUGCAGUGUAUAGUACGUACUAGUACUAGGACUAGGACUACGCUUGACUCUAAGAUUGCUACUGCAGCUCCUACUCCUACUACGGCAGUCCGGCCUCGACUGCGUAACUACACCGCAACCACGUCGACGGCAGACCCGACGGCGUCGAGCGAAGUGAAGUGAAGGAAUAACGCCAUGAUGUUCGUCAUGGCAAUAAUCGCGGCGAUGGUGCAGGAAUAUUGCCUCAUCCUGAGGAGGAUUCUCGAUCAGGCGGUGCGCGAUGCUCCGUACCCGCGCCAGCACCGGCGGAUGGCGCUGCGACGUCUGGACUCGGCGGCGUCCGUCUUGAAUAUUGCCUUCAGCUGAUUUGGUCCCCGUCGCGAUGUAGGCUCGUGUAUACAGAACUCUCUGCUCUUGUUUAAUAUAUACAUAUGUUUGUGUCGUGUAUUCUAUCC